AUGGCCAAAAUCGCAAUCAAAUAUCACUACGAAAUCGAGUGGGAAUAUGUAGAAAGCGUGACAUGCGUGCAUAAUCUUCUUCGAUGUGUGCAACGCUACGGAGAGGUUCAUGUUUCACGACGUCCGGUCGGUUCAGUGUACUGGAGUCCGCACACUUUGCGGAACGUGCCGUUGGGAUGCGACUGCAUGUGGCCGGUGGAUCGGUACGGCCAUCAGGAGUUGUAG